GCACAGUGCAAGAGGGAUGCAGGGUGCACGAGGGCAUGGUGCACGAGAGAUGCAUGGUACAGGAAGGAUGCACGGUGCACAAGGGAUGCACGUGUGGGGCCAGGCAGGAGGAUGUUGGAGGGGUGGCAGCACACACUCGUGCAGCCUCUGCCCUCUUUCCGCAGACCGUGUGUGCUGAGGGCCACAUCGCCAAGACCCUAGGGUACCUGGAGCUGGGCACCUCUGGCCUCCUCAAGGAUGUCCCCUAUGGCACCCUAAAGCCCCCGAUGCUCGACCCCGGGCGGCUGAUGCCGGCUGAGCUCCCCCGGGGUGCGGGGCAGCCCAUCGGUGCGGCGCAGAGCCCCUGGGACUGGCAGAAGAACGGGACGGCCGGGGAGCUGCUGAGCCCCCGUGCCCGGCGCAAGCCCUCGCUCAAGUCCAGCCGCACCAAGAAGAUCUUCGGCUGGGGCGACUUCUACUUCAACAUCAAGACGCUCAAGUUCAGCCUGCUGGUGACAGGGAAGAUCGUGGACCACAUCAACGGGACCUUCAGCGUCUAUUUCCGCCACAACUCCUCCAGCCUGGGCAACGUCUCGGUCAGCAUCGUGCCCCCCUCCAAGGCGGUGGGCUUCGAGGUACUGGUGCCGGCGCCCCCGCCGCCCCCUCGCCUGCCCCCCCAGCAGAGCACCCUACCCGAGGGGCGCCCGGCCAAGGCCCUCAACUGCCACGUGGAGUAUGAGAAGACCAACCGGGCGCGGAAGAACAAGCCCUGCCUCUACGACCCCUCCAAGGUGUGCUUCACCGAGCACACGCAGAGCCACGCCGCCUGGCUCUGCGCCAAGCCCUUCAAGGUCAUCUGCAUCUUCAUCUCCUUCCUCAGCAUCGACUACAAGCUGGUGCAGAAGGUCUGCCCCGACUCCAACUUCCAGCACGAGAAGCCCUACUUCGGCUGACGGCCGGGGAGCACGGAGGCGGGUGGGGAGGGGGCUCCUGCAGCCCUCCCCCC